AUGUCGAAAGAGAUGAAGACAUUUAUCAAGUACUUUCUGGCGGUCUACAAAGGCUCUUCCGAGCUCGAGCUUGCCCAGUACCACCACAAGCUUCUGUGCAGGAGUGAGCGCAGCGAGAACGACAACGCAAGGCUGAUCGCCAUCGAGUGCCUCAUGUGGAAGGGCGACACAGUCGUCGUCGACCAGCUCGCGUGCGUGCCGACCGCCGAAGCGGCCAAGACCUGCAAGAGGCCCACCAUCGCCGGCUGCCUCGACUACGUGUGGGACAAGGGCAGCGUCGUCUGGACCAAGGCCGUCAUCGUCGACUGCAUGUGGUGCCACAAGCACCGCAAGCACUGCCACUACAUCGUCGUGGACAAGGAUCGCUCCCCAUCCACCUGCAUGAUCGACUCGCACGGCUUCGCGGACCCUGCUUUUGCGUACGAGGUCGACAAGACAGGCCUUUCCGAGGACCCGGAGCCGGACUUCGACGACCCAGCCCACCUCGAGCCCAUCUUCGGCUGGUCGCUCCAGGAAGUCAGGCAGUACGUCCGCCGCCUCCGCGAGCGCAUGGAGGCCUUUGCACCGCUCCAUUGA